GGAGCAGCAAUUUUACAAACGAGACCGUGGGAAGGAGUCACCCAUUUAUAUGGAACCAUCGAGUCCUCUGGACCUUCCAGCCAGAGAUUCAGAGGACGAAGAUUUGGAGGAAUACAGUGUGUCUGUGUCAGCAAUAAUGCAGAGAAGAGCGAGUACACGUGGGGCCAGAAAAAGGGGCUACAAGAGUCCCAGAAGGACGUCCAGCCCAAUGGGAAAUGCCAUGAAUUUUCCAGGUGGACUAGACCGAAGGCGUUCAAGUGUUUACACAACGAGUUCAGGAGACACUGCCAUAUCCCUGGAGGAUGGAAAUCAAGAAUCUACCCAGGAGCAAAUUUUGGAAAACAUUCGUUUGCACAAGGAAGUUAUUCAGUCGGUGAAACUUCAAGCAUGGAGUAUCCGGAGGAAGCUCAGACUUGUACAUCAGGCCAAAUCUUACGUGGCUCAGCAUGAGGGAGCUCUCCAGGAACGCUUUGCCAUGUCCAGGAGCACUAGGGAUCUCUUUGCACGCUUUAAACUUCUCAUCGCUGCAAAAUGGCAACAUGGACGACGUGAGCUGGCAAACAUUUCGGCUCUACUGAUUCCUUGGGAACGCCGAAUAAAAGAGAUUGAAUCCCAUUUUGGCUCUGUGGUCGCCUCAUACUUCACUUUCCUGCGUUGGCUCUUCUGGGUGAAUAUUGUGAUUGCAGUUGUACUUACAAUUUUUGUUGUGGUGCCAGAGAUUGUUGCUACAGACUUCAUGGGUGUCAAUGAUGACCGGAAGCAAAUGCUGCCGGAAGAAAAGGCAACAGCUGCCAAUUUCUUGACCAUUUGGGAUUUUGAGGGAUUUCUCAAGUAUUCACCUCUCUUCUAUGGGUAUUACUCAGAUGUUUCCGGAACACUUUGGGGCUAUAAAUUACCUCUGGCGUAUUUUCUAACGGGCCUCGUUGUCUACAUCUACAGUUUUGUGGCCACAUUGAGAAAAAUGGCGGAAAAUUCUCGCAUGUCGAAAUUAUCUUCCAAAGAUGAUGAAUGCGUCUUCUCCUGGAAAUUAUUUACUGGAUGGGACUUUAUGAUUGGCCAUGCAGAAACAGCUCACAAUAGGGUAGCUUCUGUCGUGUUGGGCUUCAAAGAGGCUCUCUUGGAGGAAGCUGAGAAGAAGAAGGAUAAACGAAACUGGAAGGUUAUUGGCCUGAGAAUUGUGGUGAAUCUCUUGGUGGCAGGACUUCUGGUUGUCUCAGCAUAUGCCGUAGUAAUGGUCGUAAAUCGUUCAACUGAACCAGAGGCCAAUGAUACAUGGUGGAGACGCAAUGAGAUUACGAUUGUAAUGUCUCUCAUUUCCUUCUUCUUCCCCAUGAUCUUUGAGGGUUUGGGUUUUAUGGAGAGCUACCAUCCACGUCAACAAUUGCGUCUUCAGCUGGCCCGGAUCAUGCUGCUCAAUCUUCUAAAUUUAUACUCACUUAUCUUUGCAUUGUUUGAUAAGAUAAGCGAUAUGAAUACAGAGUUGUUAGAGAUAAAGGCAAAUAUCAGCAUGGAUCAUAGUUUGUCUCUUCCUCGAACUACUCCCUUAACAACUGAAAGCUUUUCAGUGGAUUUUAUGCCCACGGAAGGUGCCUCGAUGGCGGAUUAUGUGAUGACGAGCGUAGCGGAAAUUGAAGAAGUUGCUUCAACUUUCCUUGCAGACAUCACCACCACAUUUCAAACGACAAUUUCCUCCUGGACUGAGGACUUCCAGGAUGUCUCGACGAGAAGUAAUUGUCGCCAAGUUGAAGUGAAUUGCUCGAUAAAUGCCACAACAGUGCUAACUUCAUUAUUCCUCUCGAGAGGCUUCAAUUCUUCGAGGAAUAAUUCAAGUUUUGAAGAUGAUUUUGCUGGAUUAUUCAAUGAAACUUUUGACUUUGAGAGUGAAACGGAUAAUUUAACCACUAUAUAUCCGCUUGUGGAAAAUUUUACAGUCUCAUCCCCUAGCACUAACAUCAGAACUUCAACGACCGAAGAUUAUUACGAUUAUUAUGAUUAUUUGUCUGAUGAGGCUUCAAAAGAAAAUGUGAAUAUCUUUGAGAUUAUUGGAAAGUUUUUCUCUCAAAGUAAUAUCACAGAACCACCAGAGUUUUUCAAUUACACAGAUUGGGCAAAUAUGACGGAUUUAUGGCAAAAUUUGUCCUCAACGGAAGCAUGGAAUGAUGGAAAUGGGACAAUGAUGGACAAUGUAACAGAUUUAAUUACGCGCCUCGAGGACUUCCUUCAAGAGGAAAAAUGCUUCGAAAUAAUAUGUGAUGAAGAACCUCUGCAGAAAGAUGAAUGGACCAGUUUCUCGGUGGUGACAGAAAAUCCAUCCACGAAUUGGGAUUAUUCUACAGAGAGCACAACAAAAGAGACUCUUCAGGACACAUCAGCAUUCCCUGAGGCAACGACGGAAGUGAGUUUUCACAGAGACAGACACUUUGGAGGUGUAGAGGGGGAAACUUUCUCUUCAACGACCAUAGAACCUCCGACAACAGUUACUGAAGUUUCAACAGAACCACCAUCAACAGACAUCAAUGUGCUUAGAAAAAGAGCCAAUUUUAUCGGAAAUGAAACAAAGAAAAAACUGAGAAAACUCUGCUGGGAGACAAUGUUUGGACAGGAACUCGUAAAGCUGACCGUAAUGGAUCUCUUGAUCACAGUAAUGUCUACGAUGCUCCUGGACUUUUUUAGAGCAUUGUUUGUACGUUUCAUGAAUAAAUGCUGGUGCUGGGACCUUGAAAAGCGCUUUCCCAAAUACGGAGAUUUUAAAAUUGCCGAGAACAUCCUACAUCUGGUGAACAAUCAAGGAAUGGUCUGGAUGGGAAUGUUCUUUUCGCCCGGAUUAGCCAUUCUCAAUCUCAUUAAGCUAGUAAUUAUUAUGUACUUGAGAUCAUGGGCAGUGCUCACCUGCAAUGUCCCUCAUGAAGUUAUUUUCAGGGCUUCGAGAUCAAACAAUUUUUACUUGGCUCUGCUGCUGACAAUGCUUUUCCUCUGUGUCCUUCCUGUUGCUUUUGCAAUAGUUUGGCUUGAACCUUCCUGGCAUUGUGGGCCCUUUUCAAACAGAUACAGGAUUUAUUACAUCUUCACUGAGACUCUCAGAGAAACUCUGCCGAAGUCACUCCACAAGCCAUUGGACUUCAUCGCAUCACCAAGCACUGUGAUUCCUCUCCUUCUGCUUCUUAUCCUUAUAAUCUACUACUUGAUUUCGCUAACAAAUGCCCUCAGGGAAGCCAAUCAAGAUUUGCGAAAUCAACUACGAAGGGAAAGGGUCGAAGAGAGGCGAAAGAUGAUGAAAUUAGCCGAAAACAAACCAGCUGCCGAGGGAAAUGCACCAACAGGAAUAUCUGAGAGAUGGAGAAAAGUUCUGGAGAAUGCAACAUCGCCUCUAACACCAACAGGAGCAGCUCCUGUAGAUACUGAGGAGAAUAAAUUGCAGGCUAAGAAAGAACUCUUGCAGAGAAUUAUGAAGAAAGCUUUACGAAAAAGCUCUGCAACAUCUGACGAAGACAGCACUCCAGCCGCACCUGCAGUGCCGGCGGACGAUGAAACAGAUACAGAGCAACAUGAUUCCCUUCCACAUGACCAAGAAGCCGGACAAAAUGUUGAGGAGCACGACAAUCGGGUAAAUCGGCAGAAGCAUGAAGGUAAAGCCAGAGAAUCUCUUCCGGAAAUUCUAAAGAAACUCCGAGAAGCUGCUAGGAAACAAAAACAAGAAGAAAACAGAGAGUCUCCGGAAAAGAAGGCAGGUAAUGAUCAUCCUUUGAAAAAAUUCAGAGUGGAGAAAGAUGUUGAAGAAGGUGAGAAGACUCAUUUUCCCCAUGAAAGACGCAGAAGUCUGGCUCAGAGGAAACCCAGACUUGCAGAAACUCAAGAAUUUACCAUAAUUUCUGAAAAGGAAAAACCACCUGUCUUUAACUUUGACUUACCGACAAAUAUAGAAGAAGAUUUGAAGAUCCCUGAGAGAGAUCUUAGUACUUCCGAGGAAGAGAGAGAUGAUUCCUCUUCCAGGACACAGCAUAAAGGUGCAGUUGUAUGCAAGGAAUUCACCGCUCCUAAAACCGAAAAACCGAAGUAUGGGGUAAUACGGCCUAAGAGGGAUGUUCAACCUAAACCAUCUUCCCCUAAAGCAGAAUCCUCAGCAAAAUCUGAACCUGAACCAAUUGUCAAGGAACCAAAAGCUAAGAAAAAAUUUAAUACUUUCUUUAACCUUGUUAAAGAAGCUAUCCAGGCCAAAAAAGAACAGGAAGCUGUGGCAGAGGUAGUUGAAGAACAGACUAAAGAACUUCCCAAAAAAGAAGCAAGAGAAGAAGCUUCUGGGAGAAAACAUCCUAGAAAAAUGUCCAAAAGACAGGAUUCUAUGUCUUCAAUCUGGUCAGACAACAUCCCCACAAUUACCAUAAGCAAAACCGAAAGCGAUGAAUGCAUUUUAGAAGGAAAAGAACAACCAUCAUCAGAAGGGUCUCCUAGAGAUUCGCCUAGGACAUCAUAAGCUACAUUUUUCUUUAACUUUGAGGAUUACCGGGUUUAUCUAUAAAUCUUCUAUUGCAUUUUUUUCUGGGUCCCCUGUUUAUUAAGAAUAUAAAGUGCAUAUUAUUACAAUUUUAAAGAUUAGCCAAUUUGGGUUUUUUAUUUCAUUUCAAAUAAUUUUCUGUUUAAAAAGAAAUUUAGCAGUUUAUGAAUUAGGUUCGUCAAUCAAUUACGAGUUUGGUAAAAUGUAGUCAAAGUUUGAAAAAGUUGAUUAUAUCCAUUAUAUCAUAAUAAUGAUUCUUAGGCCUGAAGA